AUGUCCAAUAACGACAACCUUGCCCCUCGAGGGCCACACGCAUCCGGCGAUGAGGAGAGAGCAACAUCAACACAUCGUCCUUCCACCGCGGCACGCGAGAAUGCCACACCUCACCACACCCAGUUCUUCGGUGUGGGCGAAUAUGACCAACACCUAGCCCAUCUUGCGGAGAAGAAGGAGCGAGAAAUGACUUUCAAGGACGCAGUCAUUGGAGAUUUCCGUCUGAUAAUGUACUCGCUGGGUUUCUCCGGGACUAUAAUCAUGGAGGGCUAUGGCUUGGCACUCCUCACCUAUCUCUUCAGCGUCGAGCCUUUCAAUGCCAAGUACGGUGUCUACGACACCACAACCAGAAAAAAUGAGCUUGAGUACAAAUGGAAGGCUAUUUUGCCCUUGUUGGCCCAACUCGGCUCGAUCCUCGGCGUCGGCCUUACAGCCCCCCUCGUGAACUUUAUUGGGUACAAGCGCACUGUUCUUCUGAUGCUCGCCCUCUGCGCGGCAUUUGCCUUCGUGCCCUUCUUCGCCCCAAACGUCCUCAUUUUGGCGGGCGGCUUUCUGCUCCAGGGCAUCCCGUGGGGCGUAUUUCAAGUCGUUAGUCCCGCCUACUCCUCCGAGGUUGCUUCACUGCAGAUGCGGCCCAUCUUGACCACCUGGAACAACCUCUGCUGGAUCAUCGGCCAACUCUUGGCCUCUGCCGUUGCCUUUGCAUUCCAUGGGCUUCCAAAUGCUUGGGCCUACAGGGUGCCCUUCGGCCUUAACUGGGCCUUCAUCGCCUUCCUCUUCGGUGCCAUUGCCGCUGCCCCCGAGUCUCCCUACUGGUAUCUCAAGAAACACAGGCUAGGAGAUGCUCGCAAGGCUACCAAGAAGCUCGUCCGCAAGGGAUCCGAGGAGCGCACCGAGGAGAAGCUUGCUUUGAUGCAGCACGCCAUCUGCCACGAAAUGAAGCACGUUGCCGACAACCAAACUAGAUGGCAGAAAAUCAGCGCCAUGUUCAGGGGCGUUGACAAAAGGCGUACCGAAAUUGCCAGCGCUACAUGGAUCAUCCAGGCCCUCUGCGGUUCGAGCCUCAUUGGUUGGGCUCCCAAGCUAUUCGAGUCUGCUGGCAUGGAAAGCGGCAAGGCAUUGGCCAUGAACAUUGGCUUGCCCUGUGCCGGAAUUGUGGGCACAGUUGCGUCUUGGUGGUUGAUGCAAAAGAUGGGACGUCGACAGAUCAUUUUCUGGGGCCUAAUCAGCAUGGCCGUCGUGCUUACUGCGUGCGCUUCCGCUUCGAUGGCUUAUAAUCCGGCGUCCGGGUUCGCUGCCGGAGCGGUCCUCGUUUUGUAUACUGCCAUCUAUGACCUGACCAUCGGCCCCAUUUGCUACUCAAUUGUUUCCGAGAUCGCUUCGGUUCGCCUCCGUACACAGACCAUUUCUUUCGCACGUGGCCUUUACCUGGCGGCCAAUCUCUUCAACCUCUUCCUUACCCCCAAGAUGCUCGGAAUGGACUCGGAGAGCUGGAGAUGGGGUGCCAAGACGGGCUUCCUUUAUGCAGGCUGCUGUGGUAUCGCAGCUCUGUACACGUUCUACCGCGUCCCGGAAACCAAGGACAUCUCUGUCCGAGGACUCAGCAUUCUUUUCCACGAGAAAGUCAAGGCGAGAAAAUUCAGCGCCAAGAAGGCUGCGGAGCUGGAGAAAUCGCAGGGGGCUGCAGCUUCUAAGACUAGCAGCAGUAAUAACACCGUCUCAGUCCUUGACGAGGUUGUAGAGCCUAAGAUUGCUUCUCCUGCUAGGGUUGCGUCUCCUAAGAACAACAACUAA